AUGGAUGGCCAUACCAAACAGUUGGCGGAACUGGAAGCAGAAAUCGGAGCACAGAUGCAGCGGGCCGAAAGUGACUUCAGAACAGGGCCGUGCUCAACCAAUGCAGAGCAGAUAAAUGCACUUUUUCGAAAGGCUUUUGAAACCAUAACUUCAGAAGAAAAGCAGAAAAUGAACGAGCAGUUCCUCAAACUGCAGUCACAGCUCGACGAUCAAUCUAACGAAAUAGCGCGUAUGAAGGACCAACAAGCACAAGCCGCAGCAUCGGUAUCACAACAAAAGUUCGGAAACAUCGAACCAACUGAUGAUGAAUACUUUGAUCAAAUGACGCGUGAGGUAAAUGAGACGGAAGAGAUGCCUGCCCUUGCAGCAGAAGAGCCUGUCGUAGAAGAAAUGGAAGCUAACGAUUCACAGCAGCAUCGGCAGCAAGGAACUCAAGAGGUUGCAAAUCCACCACGACUGUUCCAGCGCGUAGAAGAACGAGGUGAAGAAGAGAUAUCAUCGGAUAUUUCCAAAUCAGGCGACGAUAGCAGUGAAGGCGAAAUGGAAGAGUUGGAAAGGCGAUGUCAUCUCCUCGAACGAAGAAUGGAUCGUAUUCAUGCAGCAUUCCUACGGUUUCCAUACAGGAAGAAAGAAUACCAAUCACCAGGAAUACCUGAAGAUAAACGGUGCGCGUUCUGCUGGGCUAAAGGAGAACACUUCUCGGAAUCAUGCCCAAACGUAAUACAUGGAGAUGAGAGAACCGAAAUGAUAGACGAAGUGGGUUUGUGCCGAAUGUGCUUAGAGCUGUGUUCAAUGGAAAGGGCUUGUCCAUACACGAAUAAAAAAUGCUUCUACUGUGAGCGAGUAAGAGGAACACCCUUCGAAGAGAUGUCAGACGGUCUCGACAACCAUCAUAGCGCACUUUGUAACAUACCGAAUAGGAAAGAAGAAGCGCGAGAGAUACUCAAUAGAGCACGUCGAGACUUCAAAGAGGCGAAGAUGGAACUCGAACUCAAGCAGAAGAAACGGCAGGAACGUGACGAGCAAGGGCCAAGUAUGCCGAAUAAGCGAAGACGACAUGGGUACCCAAAGGAGGAACAGCCGAAAACUUGGCGCCGGGGGAGUGACGACAAACGUCGUCCCUAA